GGCCUCUUUGUGCCGCCCGCCCGGGCGCCGCGCUGCCCGCCUCCCGCCUCGCCUGGCCGCGGCGCUGCCCGCCGGGCUCCGGCCGCCGCUGCCCGCGGGGAUCGGCGGGCCAGCCCGCCCUCGUCCUCACCCUCUGCUGCGGGGCUUCCCCGCCCCCGGCCCGCUCCGCCUCACACCCUGCCCCCGGCGCGGCUGCCGGCCGCCCCUUCCCCCGUCAGCCCGCCCUGCCUGCUGCCCCGCCGCGCCGGUGGCCGUGGCCCUCCCGGCGCUGGGGAUGGUGCCGCUGACAGCGCCCGUCCGCGCCUGAGCCGGCAGGGCGAGCCCGCCGCUGUGGGAGGAGGAGGAGGAGGAGAGAGAGAUGAACCGCUUCCAGCCCGGGGUCGCGCUGCUGCUCUCGCUGCUCUGGGAGUGUACGGAGGCCAAAAAGCAUUGCUGGUACUUUGAAGGAUUAUAUCCUACAUACUAUAUAUGUCGCUCCUAUGAGGAUUGCUGUGGUUCAAGAUGCUGUGUAAGAGCUCUCUCUAUCCAGCGACUAUGGUAUUUUUGGUUCCUUUUGAUGAUGGGAGUUCUGUUCUGUUGUGGAGCUGGUUUCUUUAUCCGAAGGCGGAUGUACCCUCCUCCACUAGUAGAAGAACCUACUUUUAAUGUGUCUUACACCAGACAACCAGUCAACACUGCAUCAGGGUCACAACAACCCGGAGUGCCGUAUUACACAGAUCCAGGUGGACCUGUGAUGAAUCCCAUGGCUAUGGCUUUCCACGUCCAGCCCAAUUCCCCACAAGGAAACCCGGUUUACCCACCCCCACCUUCCUACUGCAACACGCCACCUCCCCCUUACGAGCAGGUGGUGAAAUCCUCCACGUGAGGACUCUUUGGCUCUCUGACCUGACUGUGUGAGAAGAAGGUGCCAUUGCAAAAUGACCGAGAUGGAGGGCAUCUGCCCUUUUGAACACUUGCUAGUUCUCCAAGUCCUCUCUCCCUCCCUUCCCUGCACCUUUCCUCAUUAAAGUUACUUGCAAAGGGGUGAUUUUUAAAUAUUAUUUUUUUUAGUAGAAGUGGAUUUUUUCUUUGUCCUCAAAAUGAGAGAAGUUGUCUUUGUAAUGCUUUUAAUGGAAACCUAUAUUUAAAACCUGUA